GGACGGUAUUCCAUGGAAAUACGUGGCAGUGGAGCUGAGGUAUUUAUUUCUUCGCUACACAAUGAUAAACGCCUUUAUUUGGUAAUUCUCGGUACUCUCUGCAUAGCAAUUGCUAUGAUAUAUGUCGUUGUUUUGAUUAUAACUCUGACAUUAACUGUUCUAGUUGUAUUACUUGUUUUAAGUUUUUUGGCAGUUGGCAUUGCAUUUGCUAUCGCAUUAGCUGCUGUAAAUGGUGAAGUUCCGGCGAUGUCUUAUUGUUUAAUUACAAUGUUACUUGUAAAUGAAGAAGCUGAGAUCCUUUCUAAAUUAGGCGUCCUAACAUCAAGUCUGGAAAUUCAGCGUAAAGACUUAAGAAGUAAAAAGAUGUCAUUUGGACUUAUUUUUCGGAAUUUUAAAACCGAUGAAAGUUACACAUCUACAGAUGAGGAAAAUGAUUCAAAUGUUGUUUAUGUGAAGCAGAGAUUAUUGGGAAAUGCACAACAGCGUCAAAUGAUUAUGAAGCAAAAAAGCAGUGAAAUGACAUGUCGGGAUAUGCUUCUUGCUCUUUCGUUCAUUGCAUUGGGUAUUUCAACUUCUAUCCAGAGCAUCACCAUACCGAAUAUGAUUGUCAACACGCAUGCUACUAGUUCACUGUUUUUCGUAUUUACUUUGUGUAUUACAGCUUUUGGAUUCCUCAUAGGAUGUUCCGCUGUAAGUCGAUUAUUUGCAUGGAUGAACCCAAUACUAUUGUUAUUGUUUUCAUUAUUUGGUGCACUCAUGAUUACGGCAUUGUUAGGAUCUUCUAAAACUACAUUGAUUGUUUACAUGUAUUCGCUCAUAUCGGGGUGUUUCCAUGGAAUGAUUUUUAGAGGUGGUCUGAUAAUUUUGUGUGGGAGUGAUUUUGGAACGCGAACAGUAUUUGCUAUGCAUGCAUUCUUUGCAGCUGGAAUAUUUCUAAUGUCACUGUUAAGUACUUUCAUCCUUUCUGGUGCUGCUGUUCCGUAUUCAAAUUUCAGUACAUUGCCAGAUGGUCAUAAUGUGCUCAACCAUUUGCUUAUAAAGCGGAAAAUGAAUUUAUUAUCAGCGCAGUCUGGCGACGAUAUAUUCGCCAAAUCCAGUGCUUUGGAAUCAAUCACUUCAAAAUCUUUGAGGCAGCCUGAUCACGUUGUUGGGGUUGAGUCAGUUGCAGAACCUAAAACUCAAGAAAAUGUGCAAAAACGAAAAGAAGCUGUAGGACGUGUUAAAUCGAGGGAGGAAGAACAAAGUUUGGUCACAAACGGUGCAUUACAUGUUAACGGUGUUGGAGAACGUGAACGAAAUCAAAACAAAGUUUCGCAUUCUAAUACAAGUCCUGCUUAUAUUAGUAUUUCCACUGCAUCAUUUCUUCAUCUAGGAAAAAAUGAUAAUGGAAUUGGGAGAAGUAUGGAUCAAACCGAAACGACAGUCAUUAGUAACGCAACGUCUGCACCUCCCUCAUUGAUAAAACCGAACAACGUUACUGUUAAUUUCAUGUUCAAUGAUGUAUCGUACUCAUUUUCGGGAUUGAAUUGGAAUAUUAGCACCAUAACACGCAAUAGUUUCUGGAUAUUGGAGAAUUUGGAACAGAAAUUCGGCCCGUUUCAAAAUGUUCAUAUGAUGUAUGUAGUAGCAACAUUUUUGGGUCUGUGCCAUUUAUUAUGUUUCGUUGCAGUAGUUUGUAACGGCAAUUAUUUCGCAGCAUCCAGUUUGCAAAUCAUAAAGCUCCAAGAAACUCCAAAUUUAUUUAUGGAUUGGAAGGAAAUGGCAGUUUCAUGGCGUGCUUAUUCAGUCAUAUUUUUUUUGUUGACGGGUGGUAUCGAGCUCGUUGUUGGAGAAAGCUUGACUUUCUAUGCUUUAUUCAGACCGGAAUUAAGCCUUUCUCAACGAAAUGGGCUUUUCCUUACAUCCAUUUUCUGGCUUGGCAUCGUUACAGCGAGAGUGCUAUUCAUGUUUACGACUAAAUUUAUUAAUAUCAAUCGCUUGUCAAAUUUCGUAUUUUUCUCUGCAGUAGUCGCUGGAUAUGUUGCUGCAAGUGCGCGUUCACUUCCCGUUAUGCUUUGCACAUUGUUUAUUUUAGGCUUAUCUUUGGGACCGUUGUCGCCUUUCCUGUUUUGUUGGCUAGAUGAACACGAAUUAUCAAGCCGCCUAUCAUUAAGUCUGCUGUAUGCUAUCGUUGUUUGUGUUUCACUUUUCCUUGCCUACAUUGUACUGAUUAUGACUGUACGUACUGUCAGGGUUACAGUAUGCCUCAGUGCCACAAAUCACUGCUCAGGUGGUCGAAGUCCAGAAGUAAACGUCAUACCCCCCGGACAAAAAAUACGAAGCGGUGAUUAUAUAGUUUUGGUAGACAAAAGUGGUAGUAAAUCUGAUGUUUCUGCGGAUAGUGAUUCUCUUGCUGAAGAUAUUUUACUUGGUUGA